AGCAUAAUACUACCGGAGUAGACUGUCAGGCUUGUUUACCGUCUCGUAAUGAUUUACCAUGGCAACCGGCUACGAAUGAAAACACUGUAAUUGAAUGCAGGAAUUGCGACGGGCUCUGUGGCUGUCAAGAAGGCCUAGGUGGAGAUGAAUGCGACACCUGUUUAGCUGGUUACUAUAACAACAGUGGGAGUUGUACACGUUGUACUUGUAAUUCAAAUGGAUCGGAUGGUUGUGAUUCAGAUACUGGAGAGUGUUAUUGUUUUGAUGGCUAUUCUGGUAUUGAGUGUGAGCUGUGUCCUGAUGGAACUCAUAAAAUAAAUGAAGGAUGUACAGAUUGUCCAUCUUGUUAUGACAAUAUUUCUGUUGCUUAUAAUACAACAGUCAGUUCACUUGAGUCACUAACAGAAGCAAUUAUCAACUCCUCCACAUCAAAAGAAAUCCACACAUCACUCACAGAUACUGUAAUGAGCUUGCAAUCCAACCUACUCAAUCUUAAAGAAGUAUUAAUUCAUUUAACAUCUCGACAAAUGCAGCUGUUUUCCAACCUUUCAAAAACAAACACUGAACUGGUAGAAACAGUGGAAGAGGUAGACAUUUUUGCUAAUUUUAUAAAAGAGAUAGAAAUGUCAGCUAAACUAUUAAGACAGAAAAGAGAGAUGAAUGAUGAAUUGAUUAAUAAUAUCACUGAACAACUGAGCCUCAUUGAGACACUAUUGAAAGUUAAUGCUACUCAACACUUAAAAACAUCACUAAAUAUAACAAAGAGAAUCGACAUUGUUAUAUCUCAGCUUGCUAACAUAUCAAUGGAGGCCGAAGCUGCAGCUAAUGAGCAGUCAGUAACAGUUAGAGAAUUAUUAAGAAAUGGACUAGCUCUAUCUGAUAAUACAACAGACCUACUGCAAUCAAUAAAUGAGCUAGUGGACAUUGAGAACAGCACCCUGGACCUGUUGAGGGGACUUAAUGAUUGCUCCACUAGCAACCUCUCCAGUCUUGUUGCUGAAGGAGAAAUAAAACUGAAUCAAGUUAUUAAUGACACUGUGGAAGUAUUAGAAGCAGCAAUGAGUGUGUAUGAUGAUGUGGAGAACAUAGAAUUUAUUGAAAGAGGAAGAGAGCUUUUGGCGCAGUCUUUGCAGCUGGUAAUGAUUGCUAGUAGAACAUACAAUGAGACUGUUAAUGUGUCUAUUGCUAGUAAUGAAGUAAGAGAAGCUUUUAAUGUCCUUUUCAAUGAUGGACAGGAUCUUCUUUCUACUGCUUCAUAUCUUAACAACACUGCUCAAGAGAUACUGGCUAGAGAAAAGGAAGCUCUUUCUUCUGCUAAUGCAUCACUGAGGGAAGGAGAAAGGAUCAUUAAAGAAGCUGAAGAGGUCUUGAAACGAGUCAAGGAAGAACUUGCAAGAGCUUUGUCUUAUGUAGAGAGACUUCAUAGAUUAAGGCUACUUGUUGAGGAGGCAGAGGAAGACUCAAAUAUGACGCUAUCCCUUGCAAUAGAAAGAAGGAGUAGAGUUAAUGAACUAAGUAAUAUUAUUUUAGCAACAGAGAGCAUAUUACUAGGUACAAUAGAGACUCUGGAUAUUAUAAAUGACGUGCUCAAUUCAACUAAUGCAACUGCUUUGAUAUCUCGUUCAGAAGCCACAAAACUUCAAGAAGACCUUAGAGAUAUUCAGUUGGAGGAGACAGAGAGGAAACUGAGAGAAUUGGGAGAGAGAGGAGAGAAGGAGAGACAGUCACUGCUUAAAGCAAGCACUGGCUUGAAUGCUGCAAUUGCUAAUGCUGCAAGGACUAAUGAUAGUAUAGCAGCUCUUUCAGUUCAAGUUGAGCAAGUUGAAGAACGAAUAAACUCAAUAUCUUUUGCUGAUUCUGCAACAUUGGAUUCUCUAGAUAGGGCGCUUAGUAAUGCAGAAGCAGCUUGUAAUGCAACAGGAAUGGAAUUAGAAGAAUUGAAGUCUGAGAUAUCGGUACUGGAAUCAAUGUCUGAGAAUCUGAAAGAUAAGUAUGUCAACUUGCAACUCCACCGUGACCUGCUCAAAGACAUGAGGGAUAAUCUUGAUACACUUGACUGUGAAAAUGAGUUUCAAUAGAGAGUUAAUUAGAUAUAAUUAUUCAUUAGUAGUGCCACCUUUUUAAAUAUUCAUUGAUUGAUAAUUUUCAACCAAUCAAAUCAUUUUAGUCACGUGUCUUUUAGUGCAAGCAAUUCACAUCAUGGGGAAACUUAAGAAACAAAAGAAGAGUUCAUCCAAACGUAAGAAGUUCCA